AUGGCCUUCGCCCGCGCAAAUUUCAACAACGGCAUUCUUACUCAACACGAAUUCGAGGAGAACGAGAGGGGCCUGCUGGAAGUUGAGAAGGAAUGGGAGGCUGGCAACUUCAAGAUCGCCCAGGGUGAUGAGGGUCGUCUGCGCCUGUGGCUCCGCGACGAGCUCCGCAAGCGCGAGGGGCACCUCAUCAGCUUCUUGAGGGUCACCGCCCACCGAGCAGAGAAGGGGAUUGAUUCCAUCAUGCCCGGUUACACCCACCUGCAGCGCCCCUAG